GCAACUUUCUCCCGGUCUUGCCCCGCCCGCCCGCGGCUCCCCUGCCCAGGCCGGGAGGCCCAGAUGGGGGAACCCCGGACAGGGGCCCCCCUGGAUGAUGGCGGAGGCUGGACAGGCAGUGAGGAAGGCAGCGAGGAGGGGACUGGAGGCAGUGAGGGUGUUGGAGGCGAUGGGGGCCCUGAUGCAGAGGGUGUGUGGAGCCCUGACAUCGAGCAGAGUUUUCAAGAGGCCCUUGCCAUCUACCCGCCCUGUGGCCGCCGCAAGAUCAUCCUGUCGGAUGAGGGCAAGAUGUAUGGCCGGAAUGAACUCAUUGCCCGUUACAUCAAGCUGAGGACAGGGAAGACAAGAACUCGCAAGCAGGUCUCCAGUCACAUCCAGGUUUUGGCUCGAAGGAAAUCGAGAGAAAUCCAGUCCAAGCUAAAGGACCAGGUCUCCAAGGACAAGGCGUUCCAGACCAUGACGGCCAUGUCUUCAGCACAGCUCGUCUCUACACCUUCCCUGCAGGCCAAGCUGGGUCCUUCUGGCCCUCAGGCCACUGAGCUUUUCCAGUUCUGGUCAGGGAGCUCUGGGCCACCAUGGAAUGUUCCAGACGUGAAGCCAUUCUCCCAGACGCCAUUCUCCGUGUCACUGACUCCCCCAUCCUCUGACCUACCAGGGUAUGAACCACCCCCGGCCCUCUCGCCCCUGCCCCCACCUGCUCCGUCUCCCCCAGCCUGGCAGGCUCGGGCCCUGGGCACCGCGCGCCUGCAGCUGGUGGAGUUCUCAGCUUUUGUGGAACCACCGGAUGCAGUGGACUCGUUCCAGAGGCACCUGUUUGUCCACAUCAGUCAGCAGUGUCCCAGUCCCGGAGCACCGCCCCUGGAGAGUGUGGACGUACGGCAGAUCUACGACAAGUUCCCUGAGAAGAAGGGCGGUCUCCGGGAGCUGUAUGACCGAGGGCCGCCCCAUGCCUUCUUUCUGGUCAAGUUCUGGGCGGACCUGAACUGGGGCCCAAGUGGUGAAGAGGCAGAGACCAGUGGAGGCAGCGGUGGCUUCUAUGGAGUGAGCAGCCAAUAUGAGAGCCGGGAGCUCAUGACACUUACCUGCUCCUCCAAGGUCUGCUCUUUUGGCAAGCAAGUGGUGGAGAAGGUGGAGACAGAGCGGGCCCAGCUGGAGGAUGGGCGCUUUGUGUACCGCCUGCUGCGCUCCCCCAUGUGUGAGUACCUGGUUAAUUUCCUGCACAAGCUGCGGCAGCUGCCUGAACGCUACAUGAUGAAUAGUGUCUUGGAGAACUUCACCAUCCUCCAGGUGGUGACAAACAGGGACACUCAGGAACUGCUGCUGUGUACUGCCUACGUCUUCGAGGUCUCCACCAGUGAACGAGGAGCCCAACACCACAUCUACCGCCUGGUCAGGGACUGAUGGGGCCCACUGCUGGUCUCCCUCACAACACCCCUUCCCAGGAAGGGCCCUUUGGCUUUCCCUGUACCCCUCGCUUGGAGAGGGGGGCAUGAUAAAAACAAAAAGGUCUGAUCUCAGAAGCUCGAGCAAUGGGGGCUGGCUCCUGUCAGAAGGGAGCCCCAAAACUUGGUUGUUGAGCUGAAUGAGCUGUCUGAGGUUAGAGCUCCAAUACGGGGCCUCACAGGGAGCAUUUGACAGGACACACCACUCCCCAGCAUGAGGGAUUGGGGACAGGAGUGCACACCCACAGGAACAGCACUGGCUGUUCUACAAGGGCCCCUCUUGGCUCUCCUGGAAAAGGGAGCUGGGCUAUGUGGGGGAUGUUACUCAUUGCCUUGUACCCUUCCUGUCCCCCCCCCCCCCAAUGUCUGCCUCUCCUCCACACUUGCUCUGAUCUGGAAUGUCACAAAUUGAAGAUAACUGUUUUCUAGCUGAGAGCAGAGUGAAGUGGGA